ACAUCAACCAUGGCGUCCAGAUACUCCCAGCAUCAGCAUCACGAUAGAUCAAACAGACUUUACGGAUCGAACCCUGAUCUAUCAUCUUCGAAUGAGUCUACGCAGGCGUACGACUCGCGCGGCGAUCGAAGGAGUAUCAAAUCGUCUCAGUCGAUUCAGUACCAACAGAUGGAUCGAAUGCUACCACGUGGGCCUCAAGUUGAGGACAAGGACGUUAAAGUGACGAAGGCUUUCAGCCGUUGGCUAGGAAAGCAUAAGCCCAAGAAUGCUGCAAGCACUGAGAGGCUCCGUAUAAGCGAGCCCCAAGCUGUAUCAGUACCGCAAGCUCCGUUGCGCCCUAACCGUUCGAUUAAUGAGCAAAAGCUGCUGCCACUAAGUGGAUCUCGGAUAUUACCCGAGCUGGAAUCAUCAAGGCCGCCUCUAAAGAAUCCCAGUAUUCAAAAGAAAAAUCUCGGUAAAUUUCAAGAUGCACUGGGCUCCUACCCAGUCGGCGCUUGGCUCGAUGAUUCGUCGAAGACGCACCCCCCUAGACAAAUAUUGUUAAGGUCUUCGGCCGAGGAUAGUGACGAAGAGGUUCCACGAGUUGUUAAAUCUAGACGGUCCUCUCGUAUUUCCUCAAGCUUGAAUUCCCCCGAGCCUGAGCCGACACGUGACAUCCAGCCCAGUCUGCCGGCGGAUGUCAGAGCUGACCGACGGAAAGGGCGGAUAUUCUUAAAUGGCGAUCCUUCUAGAAGUCUUUAUGAAUUCCCCGACCCGGAAGUUUGGAGUAACGAAGAUGGUGAUGAAAGCGAAGAUGACGACCAAUUCUGGGAUGACGCUGGUUUUGAUGAUUCUAACUUUGACGAGGCCGUUUUUGAAAGUAUGGGUGAGCAAUAUCUCACUAACAGUUCCGUCCCAGAGAUCGUAGUUUCCAGUCCGAGUGACGAAGAAAGCGAGUCGAAGAGACGUAUGAAUUCUGAGGACCUGCUGAAACCCGACGACGUCUAUAAGGUUCUUUUGAAGCAGCAGACUAAAGAAACACGCUUCUUGAGUGAAACCCAACGUUAUCUAUUACCUCUGGCUUGGUUAGUGGCAGAGGCAGAAGGAAUAGAUGUAAAUGACUUGCCCGGUCUGGAGAUAGCUUUGAAGUCUAUCAUUGCGGACCGUCAGAAGCUCAUUGACCUCUUUCCCCUGGCAAAGAUAUUGUCCAAGGAUCAAAAGGUUGAUGUUAAUGACUUCAAAUCAUUCCCUCGGAUGUUGAAAAAUAUCAUAGCGGACCGCGAUAAUGCUAAAAUGUUAGCCGAGUACCACAGAGUGGCAAGAAGAAAGCUCGAAUCAAGAGUCGCUCAGUUAGAGAUGGAGAGAAAUGGCGAAAGCCCGGAUGAUGAAGAGUAUAUCCGGUACUGA